ACAUACAUUUGUAAAAUGAUUUCCAAAGAUCUGUAAUAGAAAAGAUUUUCAUUUUGCUAGUGGCAGUGCAAAGCAAAAGAAUCAUUUGCUUGGAACCACACAGAUGGGAGGAGACAUGUAGACAUAAGGAAAAGGAUUAUAAUUUCUAGUGAUUCAUCUGAGUUUCCAUGAGCACAUGGGGAUGAACUUUCCUCAUCUUGUACCUGAUGCAUUACAAGACUCAAUGCCCAGAUUUUUGCCUUCUAAGCAAAACUCAAUCAAAAAACGCACAACAACUCUGAAGGUUAUGAUUUAUGUGAUGUACAACUACUGCAUGCUGCUGACCUCAUCUUUUCUAUUGACUUCCAUUCUGAAAAUUGCCUGCAAAAAUCAAACUAAAAAUCAGGUGGUCUGAUGUAAUUUUCCCUCCACCACAGUUCUUUUUUAUGUGACAUGGACAGGGUGGGAUGCAUACCCAAUCAAAACAUUGCUGACAAGAAAUCAUAUUAAAGAAUUGAGUUUUGGAUUACAAGUCCAUACAUAGAAACACACACACAUAUUCUCCCUGAAGGUCCGUGCCAUUCCCAGCAAUGCAUCUGGACAGCUGUACUGCCAGCUGUGCUCUCAAGAGUCGCUGCCUUUUGAUUCUGUGACCUUCUGCAGCACUGAAUGGUCCAGUUGAAAUCAGAGGGAAAGAUUCCCUUCACUCCCUGCUAUUUACUUCAUCAAGGUCUUCUCAAUCACUACCAAAGCGAGAAGGAAGAAUGACUAUUUUUUACAUCUGCUUUUCUAGCUUGGAAGUCUUCAAUUAUCUUGUAACUGUUCAUGUUUCAAACUGUUAUUUUUCUGCAAUUUAGCCUUACAUGCUAUCACCCCUACCAGCUUCAAAAUACUUUGCUGUUCUUUCUUUUUUUUUCCCCCUGAAUAUUUUAAGGUUAGGCAAUAGGACCGUGCAGAUUUCUUCAGGACUGCGGUUCAAAAACCUGGAGUUCAUGGAUCAAUGGUUGUUCCACACGUCUUUUCAGAUCUGCUUAGCUUUUCUUUGUGGUUUUAUUAUUCCAGCAAUUUCCUCUUUAAAUCAAAAUGAGCACUCAUCAGUGGGCAUUUAUUACUAUAGCUACUGACAUUACCACAUUUAACUUUACUAAAGAAAUGUGAAUAUUGAAAGAAUAGAUUUGGAUAAUUGCUUAUACUGAAUAUCACCUGACUUUUUAAUUUUUCCUGUAGUUAAACUGUAAAAUUAAGCUUGGAAAUGAGAUUGAAAUGGGGCAUGCAGGGUAUGUUUACUGCAGUGACAGUCAGUGAUCUAUAGCCCUGCAUAUGGGAUAGGAAAAUGAAGGUGAGAUGCAAUGUAAGUUAGUCACAGUUUCCGAUUGCAUGGAAGGUAAGUGAAGCCCAAAGAAAGAGACCUUCCUUUGACACUGUGUGUUCAUUCCUUGCAUUGUUUUCAUUUUAGAUGUUUAAAAUAUGGAACUAAAAUAUUGGGCUGUAUAUAUGCUGCAUAAUAAACCUUUACCAGAAAAUUUAUCACUUGCAAAAGAAUGCAUCCAACAUUUAAUAAUUAAGGAUACAUAGCUAUAGCUCUAUUUCCAGUCGUGUCUUUUUUCUUUUAGCUUGGGUAAAUAAAGCUGUUUAUAACAGGUCUGAGUAAUGAUUAACACAUAUAGAGUCCUUUUAAAAAAACUGUAGACUGCAGCUUUCUGUUCAGAUUUGUUUCUGACCAGUAACUGGAGCUAUUAUAUCUACAGUAAAUGGACUGUUACUGAAGCACAGAGAGCCUUAAAAAGGUGGCUAGAGGCUGAAGAAUGUGGCUCAAAAGUCAGAUCUUGCUCUUAUAUUGCAUUGCAAGUGAAGUUUGGAUGGCAAAGCGGCUUGAAGCUAGAAGGAAUUUGACCAAGGAACUUUAUUCUCUUGAAGACAGUGGUUCUGCAAAGUGGAACAGGCUGAAAAGGAGUCUGUAUCAGGGCAAGUCCUGCAGGAUACGAGGCUGCUGCACAGGAAGGAAUGAUGACUGCAGCUUUAACAUUGCCUCCAGAGCAGCUAUAUGUUACUGUGACCAGUUCUGUGCCUCAGGUCCUCCUGGCCCCAUAGACUGUUGUGCUGACUACUGGGAUGCUUGUGAGAACGCUGUUGAGCCCACCAGGUCUGAUGAGCCUUGGCCACCUCCAGCAUCAGGUUGUUAUAAAGAUGGCCGAUAUUAUGGAGGAGGAGCAAUAAUUAAAGACAACUGCAAUUCCUGCAAAUGCGUCCAAAGUAAAUGGAAGUGUUCAAAUGAAGUAUGCCUUGUCCGCCCAGACUUGAUUCAUCACAUCAAUUCUGGAGAUUAUGGAUGGAAAGCUGACAACUAUACUCAGUUCUGGGGCAUGACACUGGAAGAAGGUUUCAGAAAGCGCUUGGGCACAUUACCUCCAUCUCAUUCCUUGCUGAACAUGAAAGCAAUUCCAGGAAGCUCCUUUCCAGAAGAAAAAUUUCCUGAGUUUUUUGCAGCCACUUAUGCAUGGCCUGACUGGAUUCAUGAUCCUUUGGACCAACGAAACUGUGGAGCAUCCUGGGCAUUUUCAACAGCAAGUGUUGCAGCAGAUAGAAUAACAAUUCAUUCUGAUGGUCAAAUCACAGACAAUCUUUCUGUUCAGAACUUGAUCUCUUGUGAUACCAGGAAUCAACAUGGAUGUAAUGGUGGCAGUAUUGAUGGUGCUUGGAGAUAUUUGACAACACAUGGGGUUGUAUCCUAUGCCUGCUAUCCAUUAUCUUGGAAGCAUCAUCCGGAUUCACCAAGUGACAAUCAGUGUAAUGUGUCCAGUGAAUAUGGAAAAAACCAUACAAAUGGGCCUUGUCCCAAUGCUUUCGAAGAUUCCAAUAGGUUAUACCGCUGCGGCUCUCACUACAGGGUCUCUUCAAAAGAAACUGAUAUAAUGGAAGAAAUCAUGGCCAAAGGACCUGUGCAAGCUAUAAUGAAGGUAUAUGAGGAUUUUUUCCUUUACAAAGAAGGAAUCUAUAGACACUCCUACAAAGCAGGAUCCAAAUGGAAAACUCACUCUGUGAAACUCCUUGGGUGGGGAUAUUUACCUGGCAAAAAUGGACAAAAACAGAAGUUCUGGAUUGCAGCAAAUUCGUGGGGAAAAUAUUGGGGAGAAAAUGGCUAUUUUAGGAUUCUACGUGGACAAAAUGAAUGCGAUAUUGAGAAGCUGAUUUUAACUACUUUGGGAUGACCACUGCCUUUUACCUGAAGUAUUGUACUGUAUGCUUAUUUGUGUAUCUGUUCUUCCACUGUUGUACAUCGAGUCUUUCCAGAGAAAUACAAAAUUAAUCUCCUAUGUUUUCUUUCUUUCUGCUGUGGUUUGUUCCUGACUUGAACACACUGCAGCUAUCAUAAAAGUGGUACAGUCCCACCCAGUUCAAACACUCCUCUAUACAAAGAGCAAAUUGUCUCCAAGACUACUGACGACCUUGAUGUCUCAUAGAGCAGGAAGUUCUGUCUCCUAUUAUUUACAUCUCAUCACUGUUUUGUUGCAUUAAUGGUGACUGAUUCAGCAGUGCCUGAAAAAAAUGGAGUUAUAUUGGUUGUGUUAAUCUCUUUAUGAUACGUACUGUGGUCACAAAUCCCUUUAGAAAUGUAAUGUGCUUUUCACACAGAAUUGCUCAUGGUCAUAGUAGAUAAAAAAAAGUACAAAUUAAUGUAACUAGAAGUCUCAUCCUGUUACAGAACAACUGUCUCCAAUUCUAGCAUACAUAAAUUGUAUCUGUGUAUCAUUUUCUCUUCCAAGAAAGUAAUUUUUUAUUAGCAGGUUUCCUAAAGUUUAUGUAUCUUAUGUAAUAUAAAAAUUGCUUUUAAUGAAACAACAUAUUCCUGUUCCUACAAUCACAAUUAAAAAUGUGCAAUCUAAAUAGUUUAAUUGAAUGAAAAACAAACAAAAAAGGAGAUAACUUUUCCCUAAUGAUAUCUAGACAAGUUUAAUUCCUGCUUGCCUUCCACUUAUGGUUUUACCCAGGAGCAGAAAAGUGCCAGUUCCUUUAUCAUUCCCGAAGGAUAUUUAUUUUGCCCUACAGGAAAGAUCAGAAAAGACAUUCUGGUAUUUGUUCCCACUGCCAUCCUUGUAGCCCAGACAUAGCUCAAACCAUUUACCAGAAAGUAAUUAGUAGUUAGAGGCCUUUCCAGUCCUAACACUCCCUUAGCUACUUCUGUCUGUAGAAACUGCCUACUACCACACAUCCCCUCUCAUCAGCAUUGCUACAGACCUCUAUGGGCUUGAGAACUCUUUGGCCUAAGUAUUUUCUAAAAUAGAGAUAUUGCUGCUAUUGGCAUGUGGAGAAAUGAAAUACCCUCUGCCUCUCUUAGUCACUUUUCAAUUAUUCCAAAGGGCACUUGCCAACUUGAAUCAUCAGACCUAAAAUUACCUACAAAAGAAACAACUGUGGCGAGUUAAAUAGAUGGGGAGAAAAUACUGCCAUUAAAUUACAGUAAAUGAAUUUUCAGUGGGAUUUCUUUGUCUUUAAUAGACUAUUUCUCAUUCUUUCAUUUCUAGAAAAUGAAGAACUAGACUUCUAUUAUCAUCAGCAUAGGUGCAUAAUAGCUAUUCCUUCAAGAACAGUUAAUGUUGUUAUAUACAACAGAUGUCCUUGCCUCUAAGUUUAUGUUUCUUGAACUAAUCUAGGUUCUUGACUUAUAGUGGUUCACUACUGAAAGAGCUAUUAUAAAAAUGUAUCAUAUUGCUGCAGAACAAUCUCUUGCAUGGCUUCUAGUGUCAUAUGAUAAACUGAAUUUAGACACAAAAACUUCCAGCACUUGAAAUCUGUAGCGAAUUAUAAUACAAGAAGUUUUAGAAGAGCUAAGUGCUUUGAAAGAAGUAGUAACCUUUCUAGGUUUGUUGAGAUAUUUCAGUACAUGCAAGGAACAUGCACUGAGCUACCAACAUGGCUACGUCCAAAUGCUUGGUGUGUAUUGAUUCCAUAAAAUUCAAAGUUUCAAAAGAGUAGGACUUGUCUCUGCAUUGAACAGUACUGCAAAAACAUAUGCACUGUGGGUUGGGCUUAAUUCAGUUUCAAAUUGUUUUGCACUGAUCUAUAUCUUACAGUGUUUGCAAGAUCUGUCCAGGAUCUGGGCGGUCAUAUUAAGCACCUUUAGUGGUAAGAGAGCUCAAAACUAGUUCUCUAGUUCUUUAUCUGCUCAAAUGGUCAUCCUGACUUGAAAGAAACACCAAAAGCACAUGAAACAAACCCCAUCAUGGGAAAGCAACUCUUGUAAAGUUAUACCAUUUUACCCUUAUUCUGGGGUUAAUUUUUGGUGCUCUAGGGAGUCCGUAACUCAAGACCUUCUUUAUGCUUUCUCAAUAUCAUAAAGCUAAUGUGGAAAUGUUACAGUAUCUGGAAUUUAAAUAGCAUCUAACAGUAUCUAUGGGAACUACUUUGCUCUUUGAAAAGAUGCUUGAGGUGUGUGCUUUCUGCCAUUAAGAGCAUAAAGGUCUACUGUCAGUCAGUGCAAGUCUGCUCACCAAGACCCUCAUGCAAACAGGGCAAAUGAGCUUUUACAACCUGCACAUGUAUUUUUCUAUUUGUCGUGAUACACAGCCUAUGGAAAACCAAAUUAAAACUACCUGAUCUCAAGAGAAUAAAAUUUGCUGAGGUUUGUGAAAGCCUUGACAUUAGGGGAUAGGCAGAAAAGAUGGAAGGAAAGAGGAAAGUGAUUUAACUUUUUUUUCUGUUUUCAUCCAGGAUGGGAAGCAAAAACUAGUUAUAUUUUGCCUCAGAAUCAGAACAUUUCUUGGGUUUCAGUUCUUUCUGAAACAAAUUUUCAGGAUCUGUUUGCACAUUUUUUAGCAAGUCCAGGCCAAGCUCUGAGAAAGCCCAAAGCAAGAGUAUGUUUUUAUUAGAACUUGAUGUCUUUACUCCACCCAGGUUGGCUUGGAAAUCACCCCCAUUUCCCUUUUAUUUCCUUGCUGGUUGUAUCCAAAAUCAAAAUGGGUUCUGACAGGAGAUAAAUGCAGUUACAUUGAAGCAGAGCAGCAGGAUUUUAAAAAAAUAUGUGUUUGGAGUCCAGUGGGUGGACCCUGCCAAGAUGCAAACAACAGUCCUACACAAAGAAAUACUACAGCACCACGGGGGAGGCUGCCUGUGCGGUGUUUUCAAGGUAAAUAAUUUCACAAUGAUUCAUCCAGGAAAAAAUCCCAGAUAGAAUGAGAAAAAUCAUAAUGAGUCGCUCAUCUGUCUGAACUGUGAAGAAUUAACUGUUCCAUUACACUGGAAAACUUUCUGCUUUUGAGUGAAGUUCAGAGGAACAGAUGGCAUUUCAAUAAUUAGCAAUUUUUGAAGUGGAUUUUUCAUUCACUGUUCUGAUUCUUCUCUGCUUCCUCUUGGGGUGCUGCUUCUCAGUGCAUUUUCAUUUGUGUAUUACCCUUGUUAUUACAAACAUGCUCAUGUUUUUGACAGUCAAUUUGAUAUUGAAGUAUAGAUGAAGGUAAGCCAUCUGUGUAUGCUUAUAACUGAGUUCCCAUAAGUUUCUAUGCAGUUUCAGAGUGGCUGUUAGAGUUUACUCCAGAAGAGCAGGGUAACAAAAAAAUUAACCUAUUACCUGGGCACCAAAUUUUCUCAGUGGACAGACCUCACAAGUGACAACUGCAGGGAGCAAUAGAAUGUAAAUGAGCAUAACAGCAGCUUUGAUGCCAUCCAUUUUUUCAGAUUCUGUUUUAAUAAUGAAGUAGCUGUCAAACACACAUAUAGUACUAGUUGCCAGGCUUUGUUUUUCAUUAUACCUCCCUUGGUAUGACCAGCUGCCUUAGUUUCAGCUGGGACAGGUAGAACAAAUGACUGUGCGGUGCUUAGCAAUAAUAAUAACAAUACCUGCCUACCUGUUAUCACCUCUCUCUUGAUUAGGCUAUUGGAGAGAAAUACCAGAGAUGCAGGAAAAUUUUGGACUAUUUGGAGAGUAAGAUAAGCAAGCAAUCAACUUUUUCAUUCCAUUAGUUUGGUUUCCAGAUCUGAUGAUCACACAAACAGAACAGGAUGAAGGACAAUGCAGCCCUGGCUAGAGUGCCCCUUUGAGAUGUAAGCUGUGCUGCCCACCAUUUUAUGGUUCUAGCACCAGUCUAAGAUCCAGGUUCGUUCUGUUAAAAGACCUUUUGAAGUUUAAAGAUGCAUCUGUCAGUGUAGAUAGAUAGAUCUAGUAGAUUUAGAAGAUAGUAGAUUUAGAGGCAUUCCAAACCAUGUGGUGCAUUGGCUAGAAGCUCUUUCUUUAUUCAAACAUGCUUUUAAGCCGUCCACUUUCAACACACACAAAAGGCCUCUGUAAGUUAUUGAUUGCUAUUUCUACUGCUCUUUCAGAAAGAAACUGUCUGUCUCUAGUAUAACGUAUUCAUCAGUGAUACAUUCAAUAGUAGACAUGCAGGGAAGGUCUUCUGAAAGUGGUUAGGAAGGCAGCCAGUCAAGUUCUAUUGAUGCACAGAGAGGCUGGGUGAAUUAUUUUGGGUGCUUAUGAAAAGCUCACUUAUGAGUAUUAGAAAACUGAUUUAUGUUCAUAAAACUUCACUCUUUGCAGACACAAUGUGACUUUUUAAGAGCAUCUUAAUGGAGUCUAGCUUGAACCUAAAAUCAAUAUUUCAUUUAUCUUAAAGAGAGUCUUUGCACAAAAAAUAGUGCCUGGAAUAAAGAUAUAAGAGAUUCUGUCUGACAAAGUCAUGUAAUCCUUCAUAUACCAGCAGUACCAUGUGAUCCACACUUUUUCUGUUUUGUACUUUACAUUGUGCUUUGUAUUUUGAUGUGAACAAAUUGAUAUCUGUUUUUCAGUUGAUUUAUCAAUUAAGAGCCUGAUUUAAAGUUACAAAAUUUUGUGUUCGAAUGUACAUACAGAUUCUUGUAUUGAUGGCAGAGGCUUUUGAAGGUUUACUUCAAGAUCAACUAGUUAAAUGA